UCCUUCUUCAUAUAGUCCUAGUGUCUUGUAAGAGCCGGUAGGAAGCCACGUUCCUAAUAGUAUAGUACAGCGCUGUGCAGAGACAAGAGCGGAGGCUAGAUGCAACAUAUCCAAACAAAAGUUGAUUGAGCAACACGGAUACAGAAGCAAAACUUCAUACAAGACAGCCAUUUUAUAUCAAUACUGUCUAAUCCAAGAGGGAGACAUUUGCAUUCAAUCCUGAACACUGAGCAACACCAGCAAUGGCUGUCAUGCCUAUGACCGAUAUCCUGGAUCAAGCUGUUGGGGCAGAUACAGAUCAAGGCAAUCACACUACUGAAGAGAUAAGGAGCGAUGAGCAACUUCUUGCAACAAGUGUUCCUGAAGAGGCCUGUGUUGGAACUGUUCCUAUCAAAUUUGAUGCAGAAGAUGUAAAGGAUGGACCUAAAACACCAAUACAAGAAUCUGGCAUUAAGGAAGGACAUCAUAUACUUGAUCACCAGCCCUACCCUUUGCAAACACCGGAUGAAGAACAAGAAGAUGACAAUCUAGCAUGUUCUGCGGCUACAUCUCUUGGACCUGAAGAUCUUGAGAAUCCCACCACUGAUACCAUCCAAACUUCUCCCAACACCCCUGACCUCAUUGCUGACCACCAGCUAGAAGAUCCAGCCCAAGAAAGGGACCUUACUUUGGAUACAGAGAACACCCCAAGUGAGGAAGAUGUUGGAGCCCUAACUGCAAGUUCUGGAGAUGUUCCUGCUGUAUCUUGCAGCUUGGACCAAGGCCCGAUUCCUACUGCUGAUGAUAAAAAGGAGGAGAAAAAAGAAAAGAGGCAUCUUCAGAAGAAAUCCAAGGCCAAGAAGAUGAAGAAAAACAAACCAUCUCCAGCGAUCACUUCAUCGACUCACUGCUGGGCUGUUGGUGUGAAGGUGUUGGUGGAUCUGAGACCCUGGUGGAAGAUAGGUUUUCUGGUAUUUAUACUGCUAUGUAUUUACCCCUCUGCCGAUGCUAUCAAUAUACCUGCUCCGGUCUGCAUUGGGCAAACUGCAGCCCUGGAUUUGAAUACCGAGGGCCCUGUGAAAGGACCCUAUACUGUAUAUAAGGGAAAUCUUCGGAAAAGCAAGGAGGUGUACUCAAAUGAGAUUGUGUCCAACUGUCCUCCAAGACCAUACGUCAUCCCAGAUGAUCAAAACUACUUAUUCUGCAACUCGGACAAUGGAACAGCCCUGCUUCUGGUGUCAAAUGUUACUUUGGAGCACAACAGCAAAUUCACAGUCGAAUAUACAACUCAAGAUGACAACUCAGGCUCCAAGGAGACGAGACUGCAAGUCAAUAGCACUGAGUGCCCUUCAAAAAUGACAAAUGAGGACUCUCGCAACGAUACGAACACACAAAGCAACUUCGGUGAGGGUUCCAACAUCCCACUUCGUUGUGGUUUUGUCGCUGGAGGUGUAAUAUUACUCGUUGCCCUUGCUUUGGCUGGAUACUGUUUGAUCAAAAGAUGCAGGAAAGAUGGAGAGCAAAACACGAUUGAAUUAGAUCAAGUGGAUGCCUGUAGCAGAUCGGCUGAGGAUGGCCAGGUGGCUGCGACUGGGAAUGGAUAUCAACCAAUAGCAAGCCGAGAUGCUGAAGGGUCUGCUGAGAACCGGCCUGUCGCCGUGUAGCUCAUAUUGCACAUAUUGCACAGUAAUUACUAAGUGAAAUCUAGAGUAGUUGAUUUUAAUCGCAUUUUAUGAUUGCUAGUUCAUUGAUUAAUGGUUGUCUAAAUGCCUUGACAUUCUCCAUUGCAUGUCUAUUAAUUUAUUUUAUUUUAAAAUAGAUUCCUGCUAAAUCCUUUGUCCAUGCAACAGCUUUGAUUGUGUGAACUUUAAAUUAAAUAGUGUGUUCUAUGUUUAGUUUGUUGUAACGUGUAAAUCUGCUGUCAUUUUCAAAGAGCUAUAUAGAGAGCGGGUUUAUACAUUUAUAUUGAAUGCAGUGAUUGUUUUAAGAAUAAUCAUGUUUUAAGGUACUCCCUGCCAGCUAGGAAAAACCAAUGCUUUAAAUCUGUCUGUUGAUGGAACCAUGCUUGAGUUCAGAUCUAAGAUGAAAAAUUUUGGUGUGAUUUUUGAUCCUGGGUUAACUUUUGAAUCGCAUGUGCUGAACACUGUCAAGGUUUCUUUUUUUCACCUUAGAAAUAUUGUCAGACUGCAUCCCAUGCUUUCUCUACCUGCAGCUGAAAAACUGGUUCAUGCUUUUGUUUUCUCCAGGAUUGAUUACUGUAACGCCCGGCUCGCUGGGGUGUCUAAUAGCAUCCUCACUAAAAUUCAAUUUGUUCAAAACUCUGAAGGCAAAUGCUCAGCCUGAGAAGUGUUUUGUUAAAACGUUUUUUUUUCUUUUUUUUUUUUUGGCCCUUGGGCCUUUUUCUUUGGUGUGUUGUCAAAUAAAAGCUUGCAACAGCG